UUUACAAUGAAAGACUACAACCUCUGUGACUCUUUCGCACUCGAAAAAAAGCUCCUCCUACUGGCAGGUUUCUACCCCAAUAGAGAGAAAAAGUACCUGCGCCUCUACUACUUAAGCGCUUUUAUUAAUUUGGUCAUCUCGUAUGGACAACUCGUCACCAUGGUCAUUCAAAUGGUGUUAGACCGAAGCGACCUCUUGAAACUCACCGAAUCCCUUCUUUACUUUUUCACUCACUUUACUUUCAUCUGUAAACUAUUAAACUUCCAGUGCUACUUCAACGAAUUAAAGAAAAUCGAAGACUUUCUAACAGAUCCAGCAUUUUACGGAUUUUCUUCGACACAGUUGGAAAUUAUCAAAAUAAAAAUACGUUCUUGCGACACCAUCGCAAACAUCUUCAGGGUUUGUUGCUCGUGUACCAUCACGUUUUACUCAAUGGUGCCUUUUAUUGACGCAACCAGAAAAGGGGCGUUACCUUUACCAGGAUGGUUUCCGUAUGAUAUACAAAAGUACUACUCAGUGACGUUUUUUCUGCAAGUGGUGAGCGUUAUUAUCAGCGCUUAUGGUAAUACAGGCAUUGAUAUUUUGACUUGGAAGUUGAUAUCAAUAGCCUCGGCUCAGUUUGAAAUUUUGAAACAAAAUUUAGAAGAAAUUGAUUUUGAAAAUGAUUUUGACGAAACAAAGGAAUUACUAGUGAAGUGUAUAAACCACCAUUUAAAAAUCGUGGAGUUAACCAAGAAAGUCCAAAAUGCGUUUUCUAAAGGUAUGUUUUUGCAACUGUUUUGCAGCAUUGGUGUCAUUUGUACCAAUGGUUUUCAAAUGGUACUGGUACCCAUUGCUAGCAGUCAGUUCGCCUUUUCAGUCUCCUACUUGUGUGGAAUGACGUGUCAGAUUGCCACAUACUGUUGGUACGGCCAUGACGUCAUGACAACGAGUGAUGAAAUCGCCAGAUCUCUCUACAUGUCGAACUGGUACCAAGGUGACCACAGAAUCCGCAAAAUGUUGACAAUAUUUCUAGAAAAUGUCAAAAAACCCAUUCUUAUCAAAGCCGGAAACUUUGUGACCUUAUCUCUGGCAACACUAACGCAAAUUCUGCGUUCAGCAUACUCUUAUUUUGCAGUUUUGCAACGUCUUUACAACGAUGCAUAGUAAA